AUGGGAGAGCUCCUCAAAAACAGUGGCGAAUUUAUGUUGGCAAGGUAUGAAGAAGUCGCCAACAGCACACUUAAAUUCAAGGACGACAAAGACAAGAAUAUAUGCCUGGCUGUUGUGUCACUGAUCCCUAGACUGGCAGACUUCUGCCCAGAGCGGUUCAUGGCAGAGCAUUUCGGCUCCUGUAUGGAGCACCUGCUGAAGAUGGCCGGCCCCAAGAUGUGGAAUAGUGCCUCAGACCAGGGGGUCGUGUUCCUGGCACUGAAGGGGAUUGUUGAGGCGCUCCAUAGGCACAAUGAGACGAAGGAACUGUCAGGCUGGCUCCCAAAGAUUGUGGAACGGUUGUCUGAGACGAUUUCGGGCCAAAAGAAAGAGAGGAAAGACAGUCCAUGCAAGGAAGCACUUGAGUGUGAGGGCUCCCUGGCAGAGGCCUUUGGCCAAGAUUGGAAGGACUAUGCGGAAGACCUUCUUGUGCCAUCAGUGCUGACCGGAGUGUCUGAUGCAUUGGCAGAAACAUUGCACAAAACUGUUGAGGCACUCCCAGGAAUGGCAGAGCAGGCUAGGGAGCUGCUCUUGAAUGCUUUGGCCUUGGUGUUGGUAGGACAACCUUUCAGAUCUGAUGCUGCUGAGAACACACUUCGCCAGCUCAGGACGGAAGUGGUGAAAAUAAACACAUUGGAAGAGCAUGAAAGCUUGGUGAUCACAGCUCUGCACAUUUUGAGCACGUUCGACUUUGGCGACUGCUCCCUCCUGACAUUUGUGUCCAACCAUAUCAUCAAGCUGGUGAGGAAGAAUCAAGAUUGGAAAGUCAGGAAGGCAGCUGCAAAGACCUGCUGUUUGGUGCUGAGGCGGCAUUCUGAGACUGCCGAGAAGGAGAAAGGAGAACCGCCAACACUUGUGCGUCCCAUACCUGACAUCCUACAGCAGCUGGUUCAGACAGCAGUGAGUGACAGGGACGGAUCUGUACGCUGGACAAUCUUCGAUCUGUUUCUUGGCAGCCAGAGCUUGGACAGGGCACUUGCGCAGCCCAGCUGUUUGGUGCAGCUGUUCCCUGGUCUUGGAGACAGCAACUUGGCUGUGCGUGCAAUGGCCAUCAGGCUGAUUGGCAGGCUGGGGGUGCAUGAGCCUGAGCUUGUGGAACCUGUGCUUGGGGCUUUGCUGGGCCAAUUGUUGCAGCAGCUUGAGUUCAGCCCUGUGGGCGAAUUCCGGCAAGACAGUGCAAGGUUGCUUGGCAUGCUGAUUGAAUCGGCCCCCUACGUGGUGCUUUCUCACAGCAGCCUGGAGCAGAUCUGUAAGGUGCUCACCUGUCUAUUGGAAGAUGAAGGGAAUAAGGCCUCCAAUCGGCUGCUGCUACCCCAGACCGCAGCGGUACCAGAGGGUGUGCACUGGACGGCAGGAAACGGCGUCAUAACGACUGUCCUUGAGACUGCAGGCACGCUUGCUGAACAUGCAAGCAGGCAUCUGGUUGAUGCUGGCAUAAUGGACAAGUUGUGCAGCCUUGUUGUUGAUGCCAUCAGGGACAAGGACUGCCAGAACAAACAGGUUCAGGCGGUGAAGACACUUGGGAAGAUCGUGGCCAAUACAGGGGAUGUGGUGCAUUCCUACCACAAAGCCCCUUGGCUGCUGCCACAGCUGCUGGACAUGCUGCAAGUGGACGAUCCAUCAGUGCGGCGAGAGGUGGUGAAGCUGAUGGGCAUCAUCUGCGCCCUGGACCCAAGCAUGCACAAGAAAAUACAGGCAAAGGCAUCGGGAGAGGGGCGACUGGAGCUGGAAGGGGUCAGGCCAAUAAGACGAGGGCAGGACCCAGGCCUGUCAGAGUCCACCAGCUAUGAUCGGAGUAGAGUGCUGGGCUGGGGGGGAAGCAGCCUUGACACCAAUGCCGUGGAGCUCCUGCCUGCUCCUGGCAUCGCGCCCAACAGCGAGGAAUCUUACUCGAUCAUAGCAAUGAAUGCGCUGCUGCGCAUUCUCAAACAGCCAGCCAUGGUGAUGUACCACAGGGAUGUGGUGAGAACACUGGGAACAAUAACUAAUUCCCUAUCAAUGUCCUCAGUCCCAUACUUAAAGAAGCUCAUACCCAAAUGGUGCAAGGCCAUUGACUCUGGGGACACUGAACUCAAAGUCUACAUACUGGAACAAUUCAUCCGGCUUGUGAAAGUGGUAAAGCAGCACAUGCGCCGGUUCCUGGAGCAAAUCAUGAAUGUUGUGGAAGGUUUGUGGGUGCCAUCCUGUUCCAAGAAACUCCUUCUGUCUAUGCUGAAGCUGAUUACUGAACUGGCAGGUGUGUGCCGGGAUGACAUGAAGCGCCAUUUGUGCUGGCUUGCCCCCCGGCUGAUCUUGGUUUUAGAGACGAGUGAAUUGAAAGUUCUGGAGAGUGCGCUUCCCAGCAUAUCUGUGUUUGGGAACGCCCUGCAGGGCUACUUUCAUCACCUGCUGCCUGCCAUCUGGAGUCUUCUGAGCCCCCACAGGGUGUCGAAAGUGCCUGUGAGAGUUCAGAGGGAUGUGCUGAAGUGCAUCAGAGCACUGCUGCCUCAUCUGCACGUUCCAGAACUGGGUGCAGGGUUGAUGUUGCCCAUCAUCAGCUUGAUACAGAAUACCAAUCAGUCUCAGAAGCUCAUGGGCGAGGUCAUGGACAUUGUCUGUGCUAUGGCGAUGACUGUUGGGCCUGAUGGCAAGGUGUUCUUUGACAGCAUCAAAGAGGCAAUGGCACAGCAGGGAAUCGAGCACUGCCAAUUUGAAUGUCUGACAGGCUACCUCCAACAGUCCGAUGCCGCACCCUGUGACCCAGACAUGCCAUGGGAUGUUGGAGCAACUUGGCGGGAGGAUUAUGAGCCAGCUGUUCCUGAGCCUCCAGAUGACACCCCAGGGGCUUCCCCGCAGCGUUUCAACCUUGAUGAAAGGGACAUGGGAGUCGCCUGGGACACAGCGCACCGCUACACGAAAGACGAUUGGGCUGAGUGGAUGCGCCAGCUGUCACUUCGUCUCCUGAGUUCCUCGCCGUCACCUGCCUUGCGGGCUUGCAAAGAGUUUGCACAGAUGAUUCCUGGCAUGGCCAAGGACCUAUUUCCAGCAAGCUUCAUAUCCUGCUGGUCCGAACUGAGCGACUCGAUGCAGCAGCAGUUGGUGCGCUCCCUGGAGGCUGCCCUUGCAAGCCCCACCAUACCACCAGAGAUAAUCACAUCGCUGCUGAACCUGGCAGAGUUGAUGGAACAUGACAGGUCACAGCUGCCUCUUGACACACGGACCCUGGGUGCUCUGGCGUCCAAGUGCCAGGCCUUUGCCAAGGCCCUGCACUACAAGGAAGUGGAAUUCCAGGAAAGUCCUAAGACUGCAGUAGAAGCUAUUCUGGCCAUCUACAGUCAACUACGUCAACCUGAGGCUGCUGAUGGCAUGUUGAAAUACGCACGGGAACAUCUCCAGAUGGAGUUGCGAGAGUCUUGGUAUGAAAAAUUGCACAAGUGGGACAAGGCAAAGGAGCAAUAUGAGAGAAAGAUGCAAGUUGCUCACUCUGGCACCCUGGCGCACGUUGAUGCAACACUGGGCUGCAUGAGGUGCUAUGGUGCCCUUUGGGAGUGGGAGAACCUCAGCGACUUGUGUGGUCAGCAGUGGGAGAAAUCUGACCCGUUUGUAAGGAAGGAGAUUGUGCCCCUAGUUGCACAGGCUGCAUGGCACAUGGGCCACUGGGAGGACAUGGCAACCUUCCUUGAGGCAGCAGAGCCCCAAAAGGACACACCUGAUGCUGCGACGCGUGCGUUCCUCCAGUCGGUCUCCGCAGUGCAGUCUGAAAACUAUGAGGGCGCUUGGUCCAACAUAGACCGAGCUCGCGAUCUGCUCAGUGCAGACCUGGCAGCUUUGGCCGGAGAGAGCUAUGAACGUGCAUAUGAGUGCAUGGUCCGCCUUCAACAAUUGACAGAGCUAGAAGAAGCCAUUCGCUACAAGCUGGCUGACCUGUUUGCAGAUGGUGACCUGAGGAGACAUCAGAUUCGUGCAGCCUGGCAGUCUCGACUGGAAGGUGUGCAACACCGUUGCGAGGUGUGGGAAAGCCUGUUGAGUGUCCGCAGCCUGGUUGUACCCAUGCAUGAGGACAAGGACACUUGGAUCAAAUUUGCAACAUUGUGUGGCAAACAGGGCAGGCUGGAACAUGCCAAGAGGGUGCUUGUGAACCUCCUGGGAUACAACCCUGAGCAUCUGUCCCUUGGGGACCGUGGCUACGCAUCACAGAGUGGCAUGCCAGACGUGAUGUAUGCGUACAUCAAGCACUUGCAUGCAUCCGGGAAGCGCCAGGAUGCCCACGACAGACUGCAGGAUUUGAUCUGCAAUGAGUUGGAUCCUGUAAGUGGGGAAGAGGAACCGGGUUCACAUGCGUUGGAGGUGCUGGACAAUGCAAGCUCCAGUGGCGAGACCUCAGGAUCUUACUCUCGUCUCCUAGGCCAUGCGUACAUCAAACUGGCCAAGUGGAAGCAUGGUCUUGCUAAUAAGCUGGACGAAUCAACAGUGAAGGUGAUGAUCAUGAUGGUGGACAAGGCAACUCAGCAUGCCCCAGACUGGCCAAAGGUUUGGCGGCAGCUGGCAGUGUACCAUCUGGCCGCAGUUGAGCAUCUUUCUGUCUUGGGCGCCAGAGAGCAGCUGAGACAACAUGUUGCUCCUGCUGUCAAGGGUUUCUUUCAGUCCUUGAGGCUCAGUCAGGAUGAUGCACACUGGAUGGAUUAUGGUGAUGGACCAUCUAAGGACACAUACCAGGACAUCUUGCGGCUGCUCACUCUGUGGUUCACAUAUGGCAAUGCACCAAAUGUGGUGGACGAGCUGAAUGAAGGCUUCAGGACUGUGCGCAUCGAGACCUGGCUUGUUGUGGUGCCACAACUCAUCGCCAGGAUUCACAUGAAGUCGACGCAUAUCCAGAAAUUGAUCCACAUGUUGCUUCUGACAAUCGGCCAGGCCCAUCCCCAAGCACUGUUGUACCCUUUGCUGGUCGGGUGCCAUUCCUCAAGUGAAAACAGGAGGGCUUCUGCUCAUCAUGUGCUGCAUUCAAUGCGCAACUUUGCGCCGGACAUGGUGGCAGACACUGAAUUAGUCAGCCAGCACCUUGUGGAGAUCGCAGUGCUGUGGGAUGAGAAGUGGCAUGAGGGAUUAGAAGAGGCCAGUCGCCUGUACUUUGCCGAUGGUGAUGCUCAGGCGAUGAUUGACAUGAUGAUGCCACUGCACGAAAUGCUCAAUAGCCGUGACCCCCGCACGAACAGCGAACGCCAGUUUAUCAACAACUACGGGUUGCAGCUCAGAGAGGCAUAUCAGCUGCUUCGCAAUUACGAGGCAACGAAGCUGGACACAGCUCUGCAGCGUGCUUGGGACACGUACUACCAUGUUUUCAGGAAGAUCAACAAGGACCUGCACAACAUGUCAGUCCUGCAGCUUAUUGAUGUGGCACCAGAGCUGCUAGACAGGUGCAUGGAUGUUGCUGUUCCUGGCACAUACUCUGCAUUUGCAAAGCAGCAGGUGUGCAUCAUGCGGGUCGUGCCUGAAAUCCAGAUAAUAAAGUCGAAGCAGCGGCCUCGAAAGCUGCGCAUCCAGGGCACCGAUGGUCACGACUACAUGUUCCUGCUGAAGGGGCAUGAAGACUUGCGGCAGGAUGAACGCGUGAUGCAGUUGCUGAGGCUUGUCAACACCAUCCUUGCCAGUGACUACGACACAGCACACAGGGAACUAAGCAUUGCCCGAUACGCAGUGACGCCCCUUUCACCAAAUGUGGGGCUCAUUGGAUGGGUGCCGAACUGCGACACCAUGCACAGCUUGAUUAGGGAGUACCGUGAGGCUAGGGCCAUACCAAUCAACCUCGAGCACCAGCUCAUGAAGAACUUUGCUCCCAACUAUGACAACCUCUCGCUCAUUCAGAAGGUGGAAGUGUUUGAGCACGCUCUUGACAGCACGCCUGGUGACGAUCUCAAAAAGGUGAUGUGGCACAAGAGUCGCAACAGCGAGCAAUGGUUGAAUCAUCGGACAAACUACAUUCGAAGUUGUGCAGUGAUGAGCAUGGUUGGAUAUCUCUUGGGGCUUGGGGACAGGCACCCCAGCAACCUGAUGCUGGACCGCUACACAGGCAAACUGCUGCACAUCGACUUUGGAGAUUGUUUCGAGGCCAGCAUGAACAGAGACAAGUUCCCUGAGAAGGUACCCUUCAGGUUAACCAGGAUGAUGAUUAAGGCCAUGGAGGUGUCUGGCAUUGAGGGGACGUUCAGGACCACCUGUGAGCUAGCGAUGCGCGUCCUCCGAAACGAAAAGCAGAGCCUGAUGGCCAUGCUGGAGGCUUUCGUUCACGACCCGCUCAUUAACUGGCGGCUGGCUUUAAACCACACAGAAGGGGGAGCAGGGGCUGCAGGGGCCGGGCCCGCUCUUGGGGCCGGGGGUCUGGAAGGGGCAGGCGAGGCAGGCGAGGAUGAUGUUGGCCCUGCUGUGAGGAGGGAUGUGCGGGAGCGGGAGCUGCUGAAUGCAUACAACAAGCCAGGCGAUGCCCACGAAAUUCUGAACGCACGUGCCAUCCAAGUCAUCGAACGCAUACAGGCGAAGCUGUCAGGCCGUGACUUCGGCCCACAGACGAGCGACAAGGUGGACAAGCAAGUGGACAGGUUGAUCCAAGAGGCCACCUCCCAUUCUAACCUAUGCCAGGCUUAUAUCGGGUGGUGCCCUUUUUGGUGA